CAGGACGGAGCACGCCCCUUUCUUCCCUUCUGCUUGUUGUGGAAAUAAAAGAGGCUUCAUUGCGUGUGCGGAUGUUCCAUUGAGUCGUCUAUCUUCCUGGAUGUAACCGAUGCAGAACGAAGGGAUCCGACUGGACGUUUCGUAGUGCCAUGUGAGGAAUCUGUGCAAGCCAGGCGGCCCCGAAUAUUUCCGAAUUCUGCCGACGUUUUCCGAACUGUCUGUACUACCGGACUGCUCGAGGCGGCCGCUUACACGCCAUGUUGAGAUAACUCUCCGACGUGACCGAGCUCUUACUUACUUCAAAAUGAAGAGAACCGAAUAAUAUUAAUAAAAAAAAAAAAAAAAAAAAAAAAAAACCAGCAGCCGGGAACGAUUUCGAAGAGUUGAAUCGGAUUAGCGGGGGUCAGAAAAGAUCCAGGGCGGAGGAGAGCGCGGUGCUGAACCUCCCCCUCUCUCUUUCUCUUUAACGUCCCCAUGAACAGCAGCACGUACGACCCCAGGAAAAACAGCAGCGACCGCACCGAAAAUGGCUCUGUUUUCCCCCGUUACUGAUACUGAAAUACCCCAAGCCUAUGGCGUGAAGUUUCCUCCGGCCUGCUAAAGAGAAGAUACGCGCCUAUGUGCGGUAGAUAGCUGCACUUUGUGUCAGUAUUUUAGCCGCGUAUUUGUUUUUGUUCGAUUUUUGUUUGUUUUGGGUUUUUUUGUUGUUCAGCGCCGCCAUGAGUUCAGCACCGAAUGCAGCCACCGUGUCGGUACCACCGGGGGUCACGGCCGCUCCUCAGCCUCCCACCGUGCCGGUACCGCCGCCUCAAAUUCCAAGAGCAGCACUGUCCCUGGAGGAGCGGAUAUUUCCAGCCCAACAUGCCAUGGCAGCGGUGUAUAGCGUCUCAAGGCACCCUGGUCCCCCCUACCAAGGGCAUGAUCUAAGCAAAGGCCACGCCCCCUCACCUGCUCUGUCUCAGGUAUCAGCCCCUCCCGCGCCUACCUAUCGAUACCUUAAGGGCUGGGAGCCAGGCGGAGCGCCCUCCUACAGCCCCACACAGAAUGCUGGCUCUGCCUCCCUCAUAUAUUCUCAGACACAGCCAGUGAACGUACAGCCGCCGAAUCGACCUGUGAUUGCUACUGCAUCAUACUGUUUCCAUCAGUUUGUGACGGGGCCUCGACCCACCCACCAUCAGUUCCUGCACAGGGCUCAGAUGCAGACUCCUCGACCUGCUCUUCCCACCAACAAUCCCUCGCUCCGACCUGGCUCGCAGACCCCUACAGCCACUGCUGUCUAUCCCCCUAAUCAAACCAUCAUGAUGACUAUGACUCAUAUGCCUUUUCCUUCAGCCCAAACAGCUCAGUACUACAUUCCCCAGUAUCGACACAGUUCACCCUACGUUGGACCUCCGCAGCAGUUCUCUGUCCCACCCCCUGCCUCUGGAACGUUCUAUCCUGGUCCUGGUCCAGGAGAAUACCCUGCACCCUACGCAACAGCUGCUCCGGGUCCGGCAUAUUUUCCAGGCCAGACGGUGUAUCCCUCCACAGCCCCAAUUAUAGUGCCUACAGCACCACAACAGCCUCCACCAGCCAAACGGGAGAAGAAACCAAUCCGGAUCCGGGACCCCAACCAGGGUGGGAAGGACAUUACAGAGGAAAUUAUGUCCGGAAGUGGAAAUACCACACCCCCUGUUGGUCGUCCUUCCUCCACCCCCACCCCUCCUCAGCAGCGACGUGCCAGUCAGACGCCAGAUCAGUUAUACUACAACAUGGACCCACCAUACAGACUCAGUCCUGCGUCUACAGAAAACAAGCCCACCUUGGAGGACAAGCCCAGAGUUGAUUUUGCUCCCCAUAAAUCUUCAUCUCCUGGACCUUUAGAGUCCCUUUCAGAAAGAAAAGAAACCCCAAUUCUUCCUAUAUCAGACUCUUCAUCUCAUAUAAAACCUGGAAUGCCCACUGGUUUCCCUCUUCCUUUGAGCACCUGCAAUUCAACAGUUACCAGUGAACCAGAAGAGCUUUCUACAAAUUCCACUGCUGUAGCUCAAUCCCCAGUCAGACUAGAAGAAGAAACUCUUCCAGAAGCUUCCCCAAGCCCCCUGGCCUCCUCUCCUUCUCCAGGGAAAGCAGUUAAUGGGCUAUCAGAGUCCCCACCACCCUCCCCAAGUUCUGAGCCAGAGAUCCAGGUACAAGAAGUUCCCUUGGCCAGCACUCAGUCCUCAACUUUGGCUCAAACUGAAGCACCAGUUUCAGGAGAAGCGAUUCAGGCUGAGUCCCCUGCCCCAGUGACACAAAUUUCAAUCAGCCCAACUACCUUAAUACCUUCAAACGUCAUGUCUCCUCUAGCACCACCCCCUGGCCUGCCUGUAUUACUUCAGCCUCCCAGCAAUGACUUACAGGAACAAGGCAAGCCCUGUGGUGCUAAUGAUGUGCACCUCAAAGCUGAAACAGCACAAAACUCUGAGGGAUUAUUAGACGCACACAAUCAGACCAAUUCCAGAAAGAUGGCGGAAACAGCACAUGCUGCUUCUGUUGUACCGAAGGAUUUGGAAAAAACAAAUGAAGAGAAUUCAGCUGUGGAUCCUCCACACAAGGAAAGUGAGGACGAGUCCAUCACUGAUAGCUCGGCUGGAGAAGACGUUUGUAGAUCAGCUUCAGAGAUCAGAAAUGGCUUGUCUCCAGCUCCAGCUUGCUGUCCAGAGGAGAAUGGAGAGACAGAAACAGAACCAUUGAAAAAUGGAGAUGGACACUUGUUGGAAACUGAGCACAUUGAUAACAUGGACUCGUCGGAAGAGGGAACAGGCUCUACAGGGUCUUCAACAGCUGUACAGGAAGUUUUGCUGUCUCAAUAUGUUUCAGUGCUCAUUCAAAACAAUGGGAAAAGACAGUAUAACCGGGAUUUCUUGCUGGGCUUUCAGUUCAUGCCAGCAUGUGUGCAGAAGCCAGAAGGCUUACCUCAAAUCACAGAUGUCGUUCUGGAUAAGAUUAAUCAAACUAAGUUACCUAUACGGCCAAUAGACCCACGGGUGCUUUCCAGAGGGCCUGACUUCACCCCAGCAUUUGCAGACUUUAGCAGGCAGUUACUAGGAGGACGAGGAGCACCACUCCUCAGCUUGCCUGUCUGGCGGCCCCAACCUCGCAAGAUCAUAAUGAAUGUUUCUGUAAAUGAUGAGGUGCAGCUGCAAAAGUCUGAGAAUGCUUGGAAGCCUGGAAUGAAAAGAGAAACACUAAGCGAGGACGUGGAAGCUCAAAGAACCCAGGAGCUUUUCCGGAGGGUACGCAGCAUCCUGAAUAAACUAACUCCCCAGAUGUUUACACAACUGAUGAAGCAGGUGACGGACCUCACCAUAAACACGGAGGAGCGACUUAAAGGCGUCAUCGACCUGGUGUUCGAGAAAGCCAUCGACGAGCCCAGUUUCUCUGUAGCGUAUGCCAACAUGUGCCACUGCCUGGCUACACUGAAGGUGCCAAUGGCAGAUAAACCUGGCACUACUGUUAAUUUCCGGAAGUUACUGCUGAAUCGUUGUCAAAAAGAAUUUGAGCGGGACAAAAUGGACGAUGCCGUGUUUGAGAAGAAGCAAAAGGAGCUUGACUCUGCAGCAUCAACUAGCGAGAAGGAGCGCUUGCAGGAGGAGCUGGAGGAGGCGAAGGACAAAGCCAGACGUCGCUCCACUGGCAACAUAAAGUUCAUUGGUGAGCUGUUUAAGCUGCGCAUGCUGACAGAGGCCAUCAUGCAUGACUGUGUGGUGAAGCUGCUAAAGAACCAUGAUGAUGAGAGCAUUGAGUGCCUCUGCAGGCUUCUCACUACUAUUGGCAAAGACCUGGACUUUGAGAAGGCCAAGCCUCGCAUGGACCAGUAUUUCAACCAGAUGGAGAAAAUUGUCAAAGAGCGCAAGACAUCAUCCCGAAUCCGCUUCAUGCUUCAGGACGUGAUCGACCUGAGAUUGCAUAAUUGGGUGUCGCGCAGGGCUGAUCAGGGCCCCAAGACUAUUGAGCAGAUCCAUAAAGAGGCCAGGAUCGAGGAACAGGAGGAGCAGAGGAAGGUCCACCAGCAGCUAUUGUCCAAGGAUAAAAGGAGGCCAGAACCGCGGGAACCGCGUGGUCUGAGAGAAGAGACGUGGAGCACUGUACCAAUGACCAAAAACAGCAGGACCAUAGAUCCCACGAAGAUCCCCAAGAUUUCCAAGUCCCAGUUUGAUGAUAAGAUCCAGCUGGGACCCAGGGCUCAGCUUAGCUGGGUGAAGGGCAGCAGUGGAGGAGCCAAAGCUAGCAAUUCUGAGUCCAACUCGGGUAGCAGUAGUCUGAACCGCUACUCUGCUCUACAGUCAUCCACAGUUUCCCCAGCCCAAACCCCAGACCCAGACACCAGACGCCCUCUAGCAAGCCGAGGCAGCUGUGGUCGCGAGCGAAGUGAGAAGCCUCAAAGUUCAGGCCCCUCAAGACUCCUCAGUCGCAGUAGCAGCAAUAAGGAACUGGUGGAGAGUGUGGCUGCUGGGGAGCCAUGCAGAGACGCACAAGUCACACCACGCAAAGCAAGCAUCUCGGAGGACAGAAGCAACCCGGAGCACAGUCUGUCCCGGGAUACUAUUAAAAUAGAAGGUUCGGUCAGUACGGUUCCUGCAAAGCCUGUUUUGUCUGAGGAGGAGAUUGAGAGGAAAUCUAAAUCCAUCAUCGAUGAGUUUCUACAUCUUAACGACUACAAGGAGGCCUUGCAGUGUGUGGAGGAGCUGCAGCAGUUAUCUCAGCUGGAUGUAUUUGUGCGGGUGGGGGUGGAGUCCACGCUGGAACGUAGUCACAUGGCACGAGAACACAUAGGCCAGCUCUUCUACCAGCUGAUCCACAAAGGUAGCCUACAGCAAGCCCAGUUAUAUGCAGGCUUAGCAGACACACUGGAAAUAGCUGAUGACAUGGCCAUAGACAUUCCUCACAUUUGGCUGUAUCUCGCUGAGCUGCUCAGUCCUUUGCUGAAAGAGGGAGGCAUCCCCAUGGGGGAACUCUUCAGUGAAAUAAGUAAACCAUUACUUCCAGUGGGAAGAGCUAGCAACUUAAUGGUGGAAAUACUUCACCUACUAUGCAAACAAAUGGGCCAUAAAAAAGUAGGUGCUUUAUGGAGGGAGGCAGGGCUUAAUUGGAGUGACUUCCUGUCAGAAGAGCAGGAACUCCAGAGCUUCAUCUCUGAGCAGAAGAUGCAGUUCACGCUGUCUGACUGUUCUUCUGCUCAUACUGCUCCUCCCAUGCCCAGUCUCACUCCGGGUGAGUUGCGCAGACAGCUUGAUCGUCUCCUACUUGAAGAUAUAGCCAGUGACGAGCAGAUAUUUGACUGGGUUGAGGCUAAUGUGGAUGAAUCUCAGAUGAGUUCUUCCUCAUUCCUGAGAGCUUUAAUGACUGCAGUGUGUAAGGCUGCUGUUAUUGAUGAGGAUACUUCCUGCAAAGUGGACACGGCCAUCAUCCAGAAGCAUCUCCCAGUGUUACAAAAGUACUUUAACUCAGACACUGAGCGUCAGUUACAAGCCCUUUAUGCACUGCAAGCAUUAAUAGUGACUUUGGAUCAGCCACCAAAUCUGCUAAGGAUGUUCUUCGACUGCCUCUAUGAUGAGGAUGUGAUUUCAGAGGAUGCUUUCUACAAGUGGGAAGCAAGUAAAGACCCAGCUGAGCAGCAGGGAAAGGGCAUAGCGUUAAAGUCCGUCACCGCUUUUUUCACAUGGUUACGGGAGGCUGAAGAAGAAUCCGAAGACAAUUGAUGUGAAGAGGCAGCGGCCACCUAUUGCUGUGUGGAGGCACGCUGCUAGUACUAAUGGAAAACUGUUCCCUCUGAACUUAAACACACUACCUACACACAUGCUCUCUCUCAUGGCACAAUGUGUAGCGAGGUUCUCAUGGUAUGGAUUCAAAACUGCUCCGUUCUGGAAGUUAGGGGGCGCUCAAACCCCUGUAUCAUAAAUAUAUAUAUAUAUAGAAAAUAUUUUUUGGUUUAAUUUUUGACAAUUUUUGUUCCUUUUGUUAUUUUUGAAGAAGAAACUUAAAAGAAACAAGUGAAAUUCUUAAUUUAUUAUUUUUUUAAACAUUCACAAAUGCAAAGUCUAUUUAACAUUUGCAGGUCUACACAAUAAGAGGAAUGUUGAUAGAAAUAACAGAAAUUCCUUAAUAUUAAUGGCUAUUAAGAAAUAUGUGCUCACCCUUCCUUAAUUUCAUGUCAUACAAGCCUGAAGGGAAGGACAAUUGUGGCAUAAAGGGGAAAGUGCAGGAAAAAAAAGACUGUUUUCUCAGGUCAUGUUGUGCUUGAGUAGUACUGGUAAUUGCAUCCGUCAUUUUAUUUUUUAUCCAGUGUGGAAAAGAGGGUUUGUUCUCACCACAAGAAAAGUCAUCCAAAAUGCGUAGUCUCCCAAACAGAAAGAGAACUUUUCUGAAGAUUAUAAACACUAGAUAAAUUGAAGGAUUUCAAUGCAAAUACUACUAAUGCAAGUUAGAACUGUUUCAUGGCAGCCGUCUGCUUGUGAUAAAUGCCUAUUGGAGAAGAUGUAAAACUUGUAAAGAUAUUAAACACCAUAAAAGUGA